AUGGUUGUCUUUGCUCUCAAGCACAGGCACACACAGAUGGGAGCAACGGUUGGGGAGAAGGCAGCCAACAGAUUCCUCACCCUCAAGGCCAUAAGCUUCCUCGACGUCAUCGGCCUGAAGCAGGAGCACUAUGUUAGCCAUGAGAAGUCCGUCCUGGAGGAAAGGGGAAAGAAGGACAGCGGUGGCCAGAUCCAAACACAAGGAGGAGCCACUGAGCCCCACGGGCAGGCGUUGGAACCUUCUGUUCCCGCACGGAACGCCUUCCCUGAGCACCGCGUGGCCCAGACACCGGAAGUGAAAUGUGUCUUCCCCGCAGCCGUUCCUGCGAGAUGCCAGCACGGCCGCCGCAGCCGCUUUCUGCGUAGCGAGCAGCGAGGACUGACCUGCGUCUCCUGGUGUGAGAUCAGAACUCACAGUGGAGAAAGGCCCUAUACAUGUGAGGAAUGUGGGAAAGCCUUUCAUCGUUCGUCAUCCCUUACUAUACAUAAAAGAAUUCACAGUGGGGAGAGACCUUGGGAAUGUAAGGAAUGUGGGAAAGCCUUUCGUUUUAAUCGUAACUCCCAUCUCACUAGACAUAUGCAAAGUCACAAUAGCGAAAGGCCUUAUAAAUGUAAGGAAUGUGGCAAAGAUUUCAGUCUAGGUUCACGUUUCAAUAGACAUAUGCAAAGUCACAGUGGGGAGAGACCUUAUGAGUGUAAGGAAUGUGGGAGACGUUUUAGUCGUGCCUCAUUUCUCACUCUUCAUGUAAGAACUCACACGGGAGAGAGUCCCUAUGAAUGUAAGCAAUGUGGGACAAGCUUUAGUUGUUUGUCAUUGCUUACUCAACAUAUACAAACUCACAGUGAGGAAAGGCCUUAUGAAUGUAAGGAAUGUGGAAAAGCCUUUAGCCAUGCCUCAUCCUUCACUAUACAUAUGGGGACUCACAGUGGAGUGAGGCCCUAUAUAUGUAAGGAAUGUGGAAAAGCCUUUAGUUGUUCAUCAUCCCUUACUGUACAUAGAAGAAUUCACAGUGGAGAGAGGCCAUAUAUAUGUAAGGAAUGUGGGAAAGGUUUUAGUUGUUCAUCCUCCCUUACUACACAUAGAAGAAUUCACAGUGGAGAGAGGCCAUAUGUGUGUAAGGAAUGUGGGAAAGGUUUCAGUUGUUCAUCAUCCCUUUUUUCACAUAGAAGAAUUCACAGUGGAGAGAGAUGUCAUGUAUGUAAGGAAUGUGGGAAAGACUUUACUUGUUCAUCAUCCCUUACUGUACAUAAAAGAAUUCAUAGUGGAGAGAGGCCUUAUGUAUGUAAGGAAUGUGGGAAAGCCUUUCAUUAUUCUGCAUCCCUUAGGGAACACAGAGGAACUCACAGUGGACAGAAGCCUUAUGAAUGUAACAAAUGUGGGAAAGGUUUUAUUCGUGCCUCACUUCUCACUAUACAUUUGCGAAGUCAUACUGGGGAGAGACCUUAUGCAUGUAAGGAAUGUGGGAAAGGGUUUUUUCGUGCCUCGCUUCUCACUAUCCAUGUAAGAACUCACAGAGGAGAGAGGCCAUAUGAGUGUAAACAAUGUGGGAAAGCCUUUACUUGGUUCUCAUCCCUUACUAAGCAUAGAAGAACUCACACUGGGGAGAGACCUUAUGAAUGUAAGGAUUGUGGGAAAGCCUUUACUCGUGCCUCAUCUCUCACAAGGCAUAGAAAGACUCACAGUGAUGUGAACUUGUCAUCCGUGUUCCCGCGAAAGUGCAGACAACGGAAGCGGAAGUGUGUGUCGUCGGUCGUUCGCAGCCGCGCUUUGGAGCGACACUGGUCCCUGGCAGGUGCCCCGCGGGCUCCGGUCCGGAGUCUGAGGCGCUACUCCCGCUCUUCCUCGCACUCUCGUCUCUCCGCCUCACGGAGCCUCGGAACCUCCUGUCGCCGGGGCGCCGCCGCCGCCGCUUCUCUCGCGAUCUCGGCCAGGCGGCUGCAGCCGCUGCCUGGACGCCGAGCAGCCGUUGUGGACCUGCGUCUCCAGGUAGGGGAACAGGUAACAUCGCGGGAACCGUCGUGA